AUGGCUACAAUUGGCAGUACCAUCACCAAAUUCGAGUACUCCGUUAAGGAGCCGCUGAACCGCGAGCCACCCAUCGGCGAGCUAUUAUCCUCACCGAUCCCCCACAUCAACCCAACCACCCACACCCUAACCGUAACCAUCAACACGACGACGACGACAUCUGCCACCGGCAACGCCCCUCCUCCUCCUUCCCUGACCCUCACCCCAACCGACCUCCGCACCCGCUUCCCCCAGCACGAAGUCGUCGCGGCCCUGCAGUGCGCGGGCAACCGCCGGCACGAGAUGCGCACGCGCCUGCGCGAGGUCAAGGGCAUCGACUGGUUCGACGGCGCCGCCAUGUGCUGCGUCUGGCGCGGGCCGCGGCUGCGGGACGUGUUGGGCGCCGCGGGCGUGGUGUUUGACUCCUCCGCUGCUGCUGUCGCCGCUGGUGGUGGUGGUGCGGCGUUGGAGCGGGUGGAUAGCGUUGUGGAUGGCGGUGGCGGCGGCGGUGGAGGUGGUGGUAGGGGUGGUGUUCGAGGAGACGGAGGAGGAGGAGGCCUGCACGUGCAGUUCGCGAGCCACGCGACGGCGUGUCAGGAGGAGGGCUGGUACGGAGCGAGUAUCCCGCUGGCGCGGGCGAUGAGUGCCGAGGACGAGGUCGUUGUGGCGGUUGAGGCGAACGGGCAGCCGUUGACGGCGGCGCGCGGGGCGCCGGUGCGCAUCGUCGUGCCGGGCGUGGCGGGGGCGAGGAGCGUGAAGUGGGUCGACACUAUCACUGUUCAACCAUUUGAGAGCCAAAACCACUACCAGCAGCGCGACUAUAAGAUCCUCCCUGUCCAUUGCAAUGACCAAAUGUCUUCAGACAAAUGGUGGAACCGCAUUCCAGCUCUCAUGGAUAUGCCCGUCAACUCCGUCAUCGGUUUCCCACGGUCCGGGAGUCGCGUUACGCCAUCUGCCGCCGACGGCACCAUUGAGGUGGCGGGCUACGCGUUGCCUGGUGGGAGAAAUGGCCCUGUGAGAAAGGUCGAGGUGUCGGGCGACGAGGGACGGACAUGGACCGAGGCGAAGAUCCUAGAGCCGCCGGAGGAGGUUAGAGCGAAGGGGCUGGAUUUGCGGUGGGCGUGGAGCUUGUGGCGUGCGAAGGUGAAGGUGAAUAAGGGUGCGGGGAAGUGUAUUUGGAGUAGAGCGACGGAUGGGAGAGAAAUGCAGCCGCGGUUUCCGGAUUGGAACUGGAGGGGAUUGGCGUAUAAUGGGUAUGGUGAGGCGCUGGACUUGUUCGUUGAAUGA